GUAACUACCCUCAUAUUUAGUAACCUUUGACUUUUGAAGAAGUAAAAAAGGGGAAUAAAGUAAGGUAUUGAUUUCUUUCUUAUAGAAUUCUUGAAAUCUUAGGCGCUAUUAAGGACGCUAAGCGCUGCAUCUGCAUGUACAUAGUAAGUAGGAUCGUUUUGCAUAACUCAUAUAGAAAUAAGGUUAGAUAUCCGUGGCAUGCUCGACCCCUGGAAGCUUAUAAUUAAGUCUCAAAAUGCCCUCUAAUGAGUACUGAUACUUAUUGCGGAAAAGUAGAUAGGUACAGCUGCCAUAUCCGGAACUCUUAAUUAGUCUCUGCAUCUGAAAAUGCCUCAUAACAUCAAUGUGUUUAAGAGACCAUGAACAAUUUUCAUUGUGUGGAUGGAAGUGUCCGCCUACUUGCGUGAAUUUAAUAUUUCUAACUUCAGGCGAUGUGCAAUGUGCCUCAUUAUGGGACUGCCGCGUUGGCUGUCGGUGUGCUGCCGGGUACGUACGAGACGAAUAUUCCAAGAGAUGUGUAUUAGUGCAGCAAUGUCCAGGUAUUCACAUGAUUCAACAUUGCCUGAGGAGCCGCAAAACGUUUUAUAUAAUGAAUAUCCGAUUCCAUCGAGCAAGAACAUACCAGUGCCGACUAUAUGGUACAGCCAAUGGACGCCAUAUACGCAACAAUCACGAUCUGAUGUGGAUAUUUAUCCUUACGUACACCCUUUGUAUUCCAAGCUGCCUGUAUCUAUGAUGAAUUCUCUGCCUCCAGUUCAUCUAACGCAUUUUUCCAGUGUCUUACCCAGGCAGGAAGCUAACUUCAGAUCCCAUACGGAUAUGUCGGAAGAGGAAAGAAUAUUACUUCCCAAUGACAGAGUGACUCGAUCGAGUGAAGAAGAUUUUAUUGAGCAAUUAGAACAUGAUGCCAUAAUGAAUAACAUUUUACCAACAAUGCCAUUUCCUUUUUUUCGUGAAAGCCAGAGGUCUUAUCCCGCACCCAUAUCGCAUCAUUCUGGCAGCAACCCUUUUAUGGCUUUGUUCCGGUCAGGAAUAACUACUGAUUAUAAUUCUAUACCAUUGUUAUUGGGUUGCACUCCGACAAUAACAGAAGGUACUAUGGAAAUCAAUAUCUUUCCUCAACAAUACCACUACAAUGUACACGAAAAACUAACGGAAUCUUUGAAUAAAGAAACGCAAACCGAUAUGACAAGCACACUUUCAAUUAAAAGUCCUCAAAUGGAACUUUCUAGAGACGUUUAGUUUUGCAUUUAUGUUUUUGUAAAAAUGUAUUAGUGAAGUGUUCUAAAUAAAACCAUUGUGAAUUUGA